AUGAAACAUUUAACCUCCAUCGUUUUCGUUUUUUCUUUGCUCACCACACUUUAUUCUGAGAAAAUAGACUACUACUGGAGAGAUUAUGAAGGUGAAAUCCCCGAUGACGCUUUGCCAGCAGGAAGUGAUCGAAAUCACAAAGCAACGUAUGUAGGACAAGUCUAUAUUGCAGAACAUGGUUUACUCCCUACCAGAAUAUACGAAGGAAAACAGUCAGUGACAGCUUCUAAAAAUGGCAUUCACACUUCAGACGUCUUCGUAAAAAUUCUGUGCAGUAACCAGUCAGGCAAAUUGUCCUGGAUUCCUACUACAGCAGCCAAACUUCAUAACGACACUGCUGGAAAACAUGUGGUUAUAGGCGGAACUGAAGACGAAAAAGUUUUGAACAUAGGAAGAGUGUCUUUCCAAGGAGAAGUUAUAGUUGGAAAAGUAUGUAGUUACAACACAGGAAGUGCUAAUUUGUAUUUUCCAUAUGACGGCCAGGAAAUUGGAGUUGCCUCUUAUGAAAUUCUGAUAUAUGAAAAAACUUACUGA